GCGGCAGAAACGGACGGGCAGACACAGGCCCCGGCGCCUCGCGCCGCGCGGAGAAGCGGGGCGGCUACGCUAUGAAGCUUCCCUCCACCUUCCGUUUCUCUCGCCCGGAUGCCCGCGCGAAGAUAUCUUGCUAGCUACCACCCCCGCCUUAAAACCACAGGUCGAGCUCACACGCCUUCUUCACGCAGCACAACCUAGAACUCUAGUUCACCAUGCAGCAACCACGCGGUGGCUGCUGGGCCGCUCGCCGCCUCCUGGCCGCGCCGGCGCCCCCGCCGGAUCCCGCCCAUCCGAUGGACGCGCAGCCGAUGGCGCGCCUCGAGACGGUGUUCAGCGGCACCACCAUCGUGCUCUUCGUCGCCACCGUCUCCUACGUCGUCUUCAGCGCGGUCUACGCCUGCAUCCGCGCCACCCGCUACGACGCCCGCCAACAAGGACACGGCUGGGUCGAUGGCGACGGCCUGGGAGCGGCGGCGCCGCGGGAGGAGACCAAGCGCGCGCUCGAGACGAUCCCCGUGCGGGUGGUCGUCCUGCAGCAGCAGCAGCAGCCCGGCGAUGUCAUCGGAGGCCGGAAGAAGGAGGAGGACGCCGACGCGGACGCCGGCGACUGCGCGGUGUGCCUGGCGGAGUACGCGGCCGGGGACGAGGUGCGGGUGCUCCCGGCGUGCCGCCACGGGUUCCACCGGGAGUGCGUCGACCGCUGGCUGCUCACGCGCGCGCCCACCUGCCCUGUCUGCCGCGCCACGGUCGGUGCUCACGUCGAGGGCGCCGACGCCAAGGAGGACUACGCGGCCGGACACCGCGGUGUCAUUGGUCUCGCCGCCGGGUCCCAUGCGCUUCCGGAGCCUUGAGUGUGGAUCGGCAGAUGGCGGUCACGGUUCACCAUAGCUUUAGUUUAGCUGAACUUUGAUGUCUCAAACAGGUUGUUGUUUUCAGUAAUCACCCAUCUUAUAAUAACUAAUAAGGAUAGCGCGUUUGCUAUUUGCAAGUUGCUUGAAA